AUGGAGAGGGAGUUUUCACCUAUAACAAUCAGUGGGAUAGAACAUGAAUCCACGCCAAUAAAAAGGAAUGACGAUGAUGACAUAAUGGGGGAUGAGUUUUUAACCGCGAAGGACCAAAACACUACGGUUUCAAUUGACGGUGACGAAGUGGGAAAUUCGAAAGACAUUAAUCAAGCUCAUAAUGAUUCAGCAGCUGUAUUGGAUACAAUAGAACUUUUGGACCCUGUUGAGAUAAGUAACAUAAAACUUUCGACAGUACGAAAUCGAAAGUUGAAAGGGCAUCUUGAAAACACACAAAACACAGACCUCUACGAAAAAGAGGAUUCCACCAGACUGUCAGAUGCACCGCUCAAUCCCCAUACUCCUUACAUCUUGAGCUUGUAUUUUCAAUUAGUUGUCAAUAUAAUUUUAUGGUCGUUCAUGAUCUACUUCAUUUAUUUGGCCAUCACUACAAUAAGGUCUGAUAUCAACCUCAAAGUUGAUGAGUUUACGAUAAAGGUGCUAGAUGAGAUUGCAAAAUGUUCCAAAGAAUUUUCCCGAAAUAAAUGUCAUCUACCUGAUCGACCUUCAAUCAUGGAUGAAGAGUGUGAUCAAUUGGAGAGGUGUCAAAAUCAGGAUCCAACAAAGAUUGCGAGACUGAAAGUCACAAUUGAACUUAUUGCGGAAAUAAUCAACGCAUUUGUGAAUCGGUUGAGUUAUAAGAGUUUGUUCAUAAUGAUGUCUAUGUUGGUCAUAUUCAUUAUCCAUACUUCAUUGACAUUUGACAAAUUUUCCCGAUCGUGA